AUGAGCGCGAUGGUGCCGAAAGCCCCGUCCUCUCCCGAGCUCGCCGUGGGUCCGCUCCGAGGAAACGACGAGGCUCGGGAGGCCGCGCGGCGCCGCGACGGCGACGACGGCGACGGCGACGACGGCGAGCGAGGCUGGGAGCUCCAGCGGAUCUCCUGGGCGCGCGCCAUCGGCGUCUUCUGGGUCUACACCGCCUGGGUCAUCCUCGACCUCGAUAAAAAACCAAAAAAAACAAAAACCUUACGAGCGCCCGCGUCCGCGUGUGACCCUAACAAACGGGCCGUGGCUCUCACCGCGGUCGUCACCGACCACUGGAUCGUCCCCACCGGCCAGGCGCUUCCGUUCGUGUCCCACGCGGGGCUCUGGAAGGUUUGCUUCACCGCCGCCGCGACGCAGGCUGACGGCCGAGAUAUAACCAACGUAGACACCUUCAACGACAUAGACGACUGGUGGAGCGCGGUGUCGGAAUCGUAUCUCGACGUGCCGGACCGGCGUUUCGCGUUGCAGGUGGGGUGCACGCGAACCGUCGCCGAGUUGUACGCGCACGUGUGGGGCGAGGACAGGCUGGCGUGGCUCCAGAUUUGCCGAGCCUUUGCCGUCUUAUACCUGUGGUGCGGAUUUCUCAAGGCGGCGACGGUGACUCGAAACUACGCCGAGGCGAGCGCGGGGCGUUGGCUCAGCAGCGCGCUCGCGGUUUUCCUCGCCGGCGCACAGCUGUGCUUCGGCGAGGCGGCGUGGUUCCUCUACCUCGCCAUCGUGCAAAGGGCGAUGACGGACGCCCCGGACUUUCUCGACCGAGGCACGUUUGAAAACUACGAGGGGUGGAGCUUUUGGGCUUUUUUCGCAGCCGUGCAGUUCACCGCGUUGUGCACGUCGAUGUAUCUCUUCGUCGAGGUGGCGACCGGGUGCGUGGCGGAUCGAAAAAGACGGUUCGCGGCGUUCGACUGGCGCGGGGGACGCCGCGUGAGGACGUACCACCGCGCCAAGACGAUUUGA